AUGAGUGUAGGUCAACAACUACCCAGCGAGCCCAGGCAGAGCAUCUUUAGACCGCGUUUGUGGCUCCAAAAUUGCCUUUGGAAGCACCAUACGGAGCUUUGCGGCACGGCUGCUGAUGGAAUGCCUCGUUCACUGCCCAAAAGACUCAUAUGCAUCGGCAACAACCAGGAUCAGACGCGGCUAAUCGAUGACUUUGGAGGGAAGACGGUGCCAUACUUAGCAUUGUCCUAUUGUUGGGGCCCGUCGGGCCACAUCACCACCAAAUUGAACAAUUACAAGAACCAUUUGCGAAGCAUACCUUGGCAAGCGCUACCUGCAACCUAUCGAGAUGCGAUUGAUUUUGUCAGGGCCAUUGGCUAUCGCUAUAUCUGGAUCGAUGCAUUGUGCAUUAUCCAAGACGAUUUGGAUGAUUGGAACUCCGAAGCAGCUCGAAUGGGUGACAUUUAUGGCGAAGCUAUUCUCGUAAUAUCAGCUGCAAAUGCCAAUCACGUUGGAUUUGGUUUUCUGAACGAAAGAUCUGGUUCUCGGACGUUCAAGAAUAAGCUUCAGAAAGGACCAGGCGAUCCAACUCACAUCUUGGUGCAAGAACCUACGAUCCACGGCAACAUACUAGGAGAUCCAUCUCUCGAGCAGCAAUGGCCCGUAUUCCGUCGUGCUUGGACCUUACAGGAGCGACUACUAGCCACCAGACUGGUCCAUUUUGCUGCUGGCGAGAUCAUAUGGGAAUGUGCAACUACAUGUGCUUGUGAAUGUGGUCAUCUUGAAGCUGUAGAUGCCGUUACUUCGAGGAAACGCUACGACCUGUCCAGUUUGGACGGCUUGAAAGUAGUGGAAAGAGCGAAUCGAUGGGACGAGCUUGUGCUAUCUUACCAAAGUCGACAUAUCACAAAAGACAAGGAUCGUCUCUCUGCUCUGUCUGGACUUGCUGCUCGAUUCCAAUGCGAACAUCUCGGCAGGUAUGUGGCGGGAUUGUGGUCUAACUUCAUCCUAAGCAUGCUUCUGUGGGAAGCCAAGAAAGGCCGAAGAGCAUCUGAGUAUGUGGCACCAAGCUGGUCUUGGGCAUCAUGUCAAGGCCGUCUCAUCCGAAAUGAUGCCAUUGAGCACAACAGUAAGUUCCAAGCUGUUCUGGAAGAGGCAUACAGUGAGCCAAGCACUGCCGACCCAUACGGGGCGAUUAUUCCCCAAUCUGGUUUCAUCAGACUGUCCUCACCAACGAUGGAAGGUGUGGUCGUUCGAAGCACCCUCAACGGGCAUCCGAUGAUACAAUUGACACCAGGGCUGCAGGCGUUUUUGGUGAGCGACGUGCAUCUAACGGAUUCGCAAAUUGGUGGGACUGUUAAAUGCAUGUUUCUUCGUGGUCUCGAGGCCGGGCCAUCCGGCCGCUAUGUCGAAGCCUUGAUCCUGAAUGUCUCUAAGAACUUGGUUGACUAUGAGCGGUUAGGGGUUGCACACAUUCGCAACCAUUCAUUCGAUGAGGACCAGUCACUACGAAAGCAGUUGCCAUUGGUGUUGGAGACCAUCAAGGUCAUCUGA